CACCAACCAGCAUUUCAUUAUUUACUUGUGUUUAAAUGUCCCAAAACUUCGAAACUUACUGAAUCACAACAGUAGACCUACCCAUCCUCCUGUAGGCCUAUGGUGUCCACUCCUCACGGCAACCUGGUGAUCUGAGUGUCCUCCGCCUUGUGCCCUGAGGAAGGCUUAGUGCGCCACAGGACAGGGCCGCCACAGGGACACCACAGGACCACCACAGAGUCACCACAGGACCACUAUAGGACUCCCCCUGCCAACCCCCUGCCAGUCCCCUGCCAGAGAGAGGCCAUGGAGGAGGAGGAGAGCACCCAGGAUAUGCUGGACGAUGCAUUCCAAGCUGUCCUUAAUAACAAAAAUAUUGGUCGAUUUGCAAGACAUUCAAGAUUGCAUAAAAGAGCUAACAGAUGUCCACCUCUCUCCCAGGCAAAAGAAAAAAUUGAAUCCAGAACAAACAAACCCACACACACCACCACCACCACCACCACAUCCACCACCCCUCCUCUUAACCUCUCCCCACCCCCCUCCCCAGUCCUCCACUACCACCACCACCCAGCUAUGACCUCCAGAAAGCUCAAACAACAUUCAGUCUCCACACCUGACCUCCAUAGCAAGGUCGCGCCAGGUCGAGGUCACGUCAACUCAAAGGUCGCGAGGGCAGUUGAUUUUCUGGCGAAUUUAGAGAAGGAGAAUGUUAGUGGCAGGUUCCUCUCUUCCUCCUCUUCCUCUUGUGGUUUGUCUUCUUCUUCUUCCAUGUCUCAUCUUCCUUCCUCCUCCUCUUCCUCUUCCUCUUCCUCUUCUGUUAGUCUGUCUUCUUCUUAUCCAUUCUCUCAUGCUACUACUACUACUACUACUACUACUUCUGCUUCUUCCUCUUCCUCUUCCUCUCGGCCUCCACUAAGGGAACUCCUCCCCCCCACCCCCCAUGAACCCACAACCACCACCACUACCUUCCAGUCGAGGUUUUCAAGAUGGAAGUUUAGAAAUACGACUACUACUACUACUACUGCUACUACUACUGCUACUGCUACUGCUACUGCUACUGCUACUACUACUGCUACUACUACUCCAUUUCCUCCUACUCCUACACCUUCUACUGUCUUAUACCGUAGCACGCCACUGAUUAAAUCGCGACAGACGGACAGACACACAGACAGACUGACAGACAAACAGACGCACACACACACAGCCACACACACUGAUAGGCACACACACACACAGGAGGGUAAGACGCACACACACACACACACACACAAACACAAACACAAACACAAACACACGCACACACACAAACACAAACACAAACACACGCACACACACACAAACACAGCCCAGAAAGGAGACAGCCCAUCUUAUGGACACCCCAAGGCCCCUUCCAGCUCCCUCUCACCAGCCCCAGCCCCACCCACACCCCCAGCCCCCUCCCACCCCACUUCCUCCCCCUGCAUCUAACAGUUUGGUGGUUAACGGCAAAAUUUAUCAAAAAUUAAGACUUCUCGGCCGCGGUGGAUCCUGUAAAGUACAUGCGGUAUUUGAUGAAGAGAGCGGUGAGAUGCGAGCAGUGAAGGUGGUGAAUCUGGAGGGAGUGGACCAAGAGACUAUUAACUCCUACAGGAAUGAGGUGGCCAUCCUCAAGAAGCUCCAAGGCUGCUCCAGGGUCAUCCAGCUCUUUGACUUUGAAGACAGCCCCACCCACCUCUCGCUAGUGAUGGAGAAAGGAAGUAAAGAUUUUGCCUCCAUCUUGAGUGAGUGUCGAAGUGGAGGAGGCGCACCCAUUCCAUACUUCACCAUCCAAUAUUACUGGCAGGGGAUGUUGAGGGCCGUCCACCAGAUACAUGGGCAUGGCAUCAUCCACUGUGACCUGAAGCCGGCCAACUUCCUGAUAGUGGACAACACAGUGAAGCUCAUCGACUUCGGCAUCGCUUCCUCCGUCCCCAAAGACAUGACCAGCGUGGUGAAGGACAGCCAGGCCGGGACAUUUAACUACAUGAGUCCCGAGUCACUGCAGGACAUAGAGAGAGGCUCCAUUGUGUGUAAUCCAGUCAAGGGCAAGCCAGCCAUCAAGAUCAGAGUAAAGUCGGAUGUAUGGUCUCUGGGCUGCAUACUCUACAACUUCGUGCACGGGAGGACACCAUUCCAGCACAUCACCAACGUCAUCACCAAGCUGGCCACCAUCUCCAACCCCAACACCGUCAUCACCAUCCCCCCCACCAAGCACCCCCACCUUGAUGACGUUCUGAGGGCGUGUCUCCAGCAUGACCCCCUCAAAAGACCAUCCAUUGAAGAACUGUUGGCUCACCCUAUGCUUACUGAAUGAAUGGUGUUGAAUGGUGUUGUAAGGUGUUGAGUGGUGUUAGGUGGUGUGUGGUUUUGUGGUGGUGAGUGGUGUUGAAGUGGUGUUGUGGUGGUGGUGGUUUUGUUACUACUGCUACUGCCACCGCCACCACCACCACCACUACUACUACUACUACUACUACCACCACCACCACCACCACCACCACCAUGAUAAUAAUAAUAAUAUUCAUUGCUAUGUACAUAAUUAUUACAUAUUUGCAAUUGUAUAUAGUUCAUACAGUGCUUUCAAGGAUUAUAUUAUCAUUAUUUGAGUUAUAUUUAUACAUUUUAGUAUUAGAGAGAGAGAGUGUGUGUGUGUGUGUGUUCAUUAAGACAAUC